AAAGGAGAUAAAGUAUUAUUGUAUGACUCAAGAUUAGAUAAACAGUGGUCAGGCAAACUUGAUAAGAGAUGGAAAGGACCAUUCACAGUAGAGAAAAGAUUAGAUAAAGAAAGUUAUAUCUUAUCAAAUGAAUUUGGAAAUUUAAAAGAACCAAUAUAUUCUGAUAGAUUAAAAUUAUUCAGGAGUAGAGAAUCAUGGAAACCAUUGAUAAGAAUUUAG